UUUGUUUUUGUGAAAGCUCUUCGAAUGCUGUUCUAUGAGAGUAUGACUGAGAGCCAGCGCGAGCUGUACGACUGUUUCAAGAAUGAGAAGGAUUCCGCUCUAAGCGUGCACGACUUUGAGUUUGGCGAGGUCGAAGCAGAGGUGCUUGCUGAAGGGCUCAAAGUGAACAAGGCGCUGACUUGGCUCUAUCUGUACGAAAAUCAGCUUGGUGACAUUGGAGCGCAGGCAAUCGCUGAAGCACUCAAAGUGAACACGACGCUGAUCAAGCUCAAUCUGCCAGAGAAUCAGAUUGGCGAGGCUGGAGCGCAGGCGAUUGCUGAGGCACUCAAAGUGAACACGACGCUGACUAAGCUCAAUCUGAGUUGGAAUCAGGUUGGCGAUGAUGCUGCCAAGGCAUUCGCAGAGGCACUCAAAGUGAACAAGACCUUGACUAGGCUCAAGCUGCACCAGGUUCAGAUUGGCGAUACUGGAGCGCAGGCGAUUGCUGAGGCACUCAAAGUGAACACGACGCUGACUAAGCUCAAUCUGAGUUGGAAUCAGAUUGGCGGUGCUGGUGCGGUGGCAAUCGCUGAUGCACUCAAGCUGAACAAGACAGUGACUACGAUCUAUCUGAGUGGGAAUCAGAUUGGCGAUGCCGGAGCGCGCGCGAUUGCUGAAGUACUCAAAGUGAACACAACGCUGACAGAGCUCGGUCUGAGUGAGAACCAGAUUGGCGAUGCUGGAGCGCAGGCGAUCGCUGAGGCAAUCAAAGUGAACAAGAUUUUGACCAACCUCGAACUGGGCUGGAAUCAGAUUGGCGAUGCUGGUGCGCAAGCGAUUGCCGAGGCAAUCGAAUUAGGAACGACGCUGACUAGGCUCAAUAUAUGGUAUAAUUGUAUUGGUAGUGCUGUUGCUCAAUUGAUUACAGAGGCAAAGAAACUCAAUUACGCCGAUGUCUAUGCCGACAGUCAGUUCAACCCUCUCGUACUGUCUUUACUUCCACGAUUAGCAAGCGCCGAAGACACUCAGACCGUGUUUUGCUUGCUGACCAGCGGACUCGAGCUGGAGAAUCAACGCGCAUCUCUGCCAGCUCUCCCAGCCGAGAUUGCCGAGCUUAUUAUGGACGAAGCGCACUACUGGCAAGGCGUGCAGCACAUCAAGCGAUCGCAGUUUGAUGAUGAUACGCCCGACGAUAUUCUCCAAGUCACCGUGCCUCAAGGCGUCAAUGGGAAUUCAAUCCGUGUGAAAUCGAUUCAAGUGCUUCGGGACAGCCGUACACUUGACGGCAGCAUCGAUGACCGCGGCUUUGAUUUGAUUGUCCGAGAUGAACAAGGUGCUGUCCAACACGAAUGCUCGGCGAAACCAACUGUCGUCGAUUUGACCCUCGAGCUUGCGACAAUCUGGCCAGCGAGUCAUCCUGUCAUCCGACAAAUGCGUGAAGGUUGGCAAGUUCAAGUUCGACCCAGCAAGUCUCCCAAGGAUGCACUAUUUGAAUCGCUCUAUGUCGGAUAUGUCUAAAGGGCAGAGAACGCCGUUGUUUUGUUUUGUGUUGUUUUUUCGAAUACAUGCUGAACGUUCCCGA